GGGGCCCUGAUUCACCGGCCGCUGGGGCCAGGGUUGGGGGUUGGGGGUACCCACAGGACUUGGCUAGUGGGGUUCGGGGGGACCGGUGGGUGCAAGGAGCCUGGUUUGUGCCUGCCUGCUGGCCGACUGGUGAGGAGACAGCCCACGCGGUAGGGGAGGCGGCCAGCUUGGUGGCCCCAGGCCGCGUGGCCCAGUGGUAGUGGAGCCAUGGUGGCUAAACUGAGCCAGCUGCAGACCGAGCUCCUGGCGGCCCUGCUCGAGUCGGGCCUGAGCAAAGAGGCGCUGAUCCAGGCACUGGGCGAGCCGGGGCCCUACCUGCUGGCUGGAGACGGCUCCCUGGACAAGGGGGAGUCCUGCAGCGGUCGAGGGGAGCUGGCCGAGCUGCCCAAUGGGCUGGGGGAGACCAGAGGCUCUGAGGAUGAGACUGACGACGAUGGGGAAGACUUCACGCCGCCCAUCCUCAAAGAGCUGGAGAACCUCAGCCCCGAGGAGGCGGCCCAUCAGAAAGCCGUGGUGGAGAGCCUGCUGCAGGAGGACCCGUGGCGUGUGGCAAAGAUGGUCAAGUCCUACCUGCAGCAGCACAACAUCCCGCAGCGAGAGGUGGUUGACACCACCGGCCUCAACCAGUCACACCUGUCCCAGCACCUCAACAAGGGCACCCCCAUGAAAACGCAGAAGCGAGCUGCGCUGUACACCUGGUACGUCCGCAAGCAGCGAGAGGUGGCCCAGCAGUUCACCCAUGCCGGGCAGGGAGGGCUGAUUGAGGAGCCCACGGGAGAUGAACUGCCAACCAAGAAGGGGCGGAGGAACCGUUUCAAAUGGGGCCCGGCAUCCCAGCAGAUCCUGUUCCAGGCCUACGAGAGGCAGAAGAACCCCAGCAAGGAGGAGCGAGAGGCACUGGUGGAGGAGUGCAAUAGGGCUGAGUGCAUCCAGAGGGGGGUGUCACCAUCGCAGGCACAGGGGCUAGGCUCCAACCUUGUCACAGAGGUGCGCGUCUACAACUGGUUUGCCAAUCGGCGCAAGGAAGAAGCCUUUCGGCACAAGCUGGCCAUGGACACUUACAGCGGGCCGCCAUCGGGGCCAGGCCCGGGCCCUGCACUGCCCGCCCACAGCUCCCCUGGCCUGCCCCCAUCCGCCCUCUCCCCCAGUAAGGUCCAUGGUGUGCGCUAUGGACAGGCUGCAACCAGUGAGGGGGCAGAAGUGCCCUCAAGCAGUGGCAGUUCCUUGGUGACAGUAUCUACACCCCUGCACCAAGUGUCCCCCCCAGGCCUGGAGCCCAGUCACAGCCUGCUGAGCACUGAAGCCAAGCUGGUCUCAGCAACUGGGGGGCCUCUGCCUCCUGUCAGCACCCUGACAGCACUGCACAGCUUGGAGCAGACCUCCCCAGGCCUCAACCAGCAGCCCCAGAACCUCAUCAUGGCCUCGCUUCCAGGGGUCAUGGCCAUCGGGCCUGGUGAGCCUGCCUCCCUGGGCUCUACGUUCACCAACACAGGCGCCUCCACCCUGGUCAUUGGUUUGGCCUCCACGCAGGCGCAGAGUGUGCCAGUCAUCAACAGCAUGGGCAGCAGCCUGACUACGCUGCAGCCUGUCCAGUUCUCCCAGCCGCUGCACCCUUCCUACCAGCAGCCACUCAUGUCCCCUGUGCAGAGCCACAUGGCCCAGAACCCCUUCAUGGCCACCAUGGCCCAGCUGCAGAGCCCCCACGCCCUUUACAGCCACAAGCCUGAGGUGGCCCAAUACACCCACACGGGCCUGCAGACCAUGCUCAUCACUGACACCACCAACCUGAGUGCCCUGGCCAGCCUCACACCCACCAAGCAGGUCUUCACCUCAGAUGCCGAGGCCUCCAGCGAGUCUGGGCUUCACACGCCGGCAUCUCAGGCCACCACCAUCCACAUCCCCAGCCAGGACCCUGCUGGCAUCCAGCACCUGCAGCCUUCCCACAGGCUCAGCGCCAGCCCCACAGUGUCCUCCAGCAGCCUGGUAUUGUAUCAGAGCUCCGAAUCCACCAAUGGCCACAGCCACCUGCUGCCAUCCAACCACAGUGUCAUCGAGACCUUCAUCUCCACGCAGAUGGCCUCUUCUUCCCAGUAACCACGGCAACUGCCUCCCAGGGGCAGGCACUGGAAGCCUGCACAGCCUGCUCGGGGGGUGACCAGAACAUCUGAGCCUGCAAAACUUCUGCUACCACGGAGCUGCUGCCCUUCCCUGGAAAACUGGGUCUUGGUUCCACCCAGCGUUAGAGGGGGGCUCUGAGGUGCCCCAACCCAAGGAGGGCUGCUUCAGUGCACAAGGGGGGACUGUGGAAAGCUGGGAAGCAGAGGUUGUUCCUGGCAGGACACAAGAGGGACUGUCCCUGCUGCUCCAGGUACAUCUUGUCACUUGGAACAGAAGGAGACAGGCUUUGGACUCUGAUAUGCUCAUCUGGGCCUGUGGAGAGCCCCAGCACCCCAAAGGGAACUCUGGCAGCCACACUUCUCAGGACACAAGCCUGUAUAGCUGACUUACUGAGCUCUGAUGCCCUGUCCAGGCUAUUCCAUCCCAGUCCCCUUUCUGCGAUUAACCCACAUGCUCAUUUCUGCCCACCCAUCCCCCACUCACAUAAGAAUGCCGAGGGGCUACUCUGUCCCUCAGGGAGCUUGAGCUAAUGGUGAAGGCAUGAGGGCUCUCCAGCGUCCUUCGUUCUGAGCCAUCCCUCUUUUUGGACCGUCUUCUGGAACAUUCGUUCCCCCGAGCACUAUGCCUUCUAUGCCAGCCUGGUAUCUUGCCUCUACUGAAAAGCCCCUCAAGGCUAGGAAGUGGCCCUUGCUCCCGUGGGAACCUUGUGAUUCUGUGCCUGGUGCUAAGUUCUGGGGCAGCAGCUCCUCUGGCCUCUGGAGCCCUGCACACGCUUCCCUGGUUUGGAGAAGCUGCUGAGCUCAAAAGGCAGCAAGGCCUGAGCAGCUGGCAGAUGGAGGUGCCCAGGGGGAGAAGAGAGAGGCGAGACCAGAAGAGUGGAGCCACCUGUGUGGACAAGACAUGCCUGGAAGCCUGAGGGCCUGGGGGGCUGAGGCAUGAGGAGAGGUCCAGGCGGAUGCAGCCCCCCAAGGAGCCUCAGCCCAUGUACCACCCGAGGGACAAGGCGGCUGUGUAACCAGGGUCCUGUGACCUCAUCUCCCGGAGGCUGCUGCAGACAACCUGGCCCUUGUAGAAGACCUCCAUCUCGGAAUCAGGGACGGGCUGCACCCCCUGCAGCCUGCAGCCAGCGAAGGGCGAGCCUGUACAUUAUUUAACUUUUAGUAAAGUAAACGAGGAACGUAUCAGAUAAUUCGUGCUUGUCCACAGGUCACC